AUGCCUAUGAAGAACAAGGAAGCAACAACUGUUGCUACUCACCUUGUGAAAGAUGUAUUCAAAAUUUUGGGUCUGCCAGAUAUAGAUAUUCUCCAAAGUGAUAAUAAUAAUGGCAAGGAAUUUGUCACUGAGGUUAUUAUGCAGGCAAUGUUUGGUUGGAAAAUGCAUUGCAUUUAUGAUACUCCUGAUAAAAAAGAAAACACAAUUAAAGUGAAUGAGGACAAUCAAAUGUCAGUCUCAGAUGCUAUCAAUGAGGACAAUCAAAUAUCAGUCUCAGAUGCUGUCAAUGAAAAUUAUAGGUUAUUUCCACUUAGUAAGGUUAUUUCCACUCAG